AUGUCUUGGAAGGAGUAUUACAAACCCAAAAGUAAAAAACAAAAAAAGUCAAUAAAUUUUGGUCUGGGUCUCAAUGUAGAAGAUGAUGAAGAAUAUAAACAUUUAGAAAAAGUUAUUUUGGGUACAGGAAAAGAAAUAUUUGAAAAGUUACCCUCCGAAUCAGGUGACAGUGAUUAUGACAGUGAUGUUCCGACUAAGAAACAAAAAUCAAAUUUUAUCGAGACGAGAAAACCUGCUUGGGUGGAUGAUGACGAUGAUAAAACUCUAAAUGAAGUAUUAAAAAAUCAAGGUAGAAAUGAAAAAAUAGAUAAUAGCGGAAAGGCAAAAUAUAGGAAUGCAAUGGAAAAAAAAUUUCAAGAAUUAAUGGGAAUUCCAAAAUGGGCACAAUUAAAAGAAAAAAAAGAUGCACAAGGCCCGAAUGAUUUUUUAUCGCACUGUGGUGAAUUUGUAAAAAAAACAAAAGGUUUAAAAAGUGAUAACUUAACAAUAAGUAAAAUGAAAAAUUUAAAUGACGAAAGUUUCGCCGAGGGCUCCAUAGUUAGUGUUGUUAAAUUUCAUACGAAAUCAAUGUUGGCCAUGGUCGCUGGAAGUUCUGGAAAGAUUUCCCUAUUUCAAGUCGAUGGAAAAGUCAAUACGAAAUUACAAUCGAUUAAAUUUAAAAAAUAUCCAAUUUAUUGUGGUUGGUUUUUAAAAAAUGGAGAAGAGAUUUUAAUAGGUUCUCAUUGUAAUUUUUUUCACUGUCACAACAUGAUAACGGGAAGGUCGACGGUGAUAGACGAAUCAAAAAUAAUCGAUAUUAAAGACACGAAAAAAUUUUGCGUGUCACCAAACGACGACGUGUUUGCCGUUUGCGGACCGAUUUCCAGCAAAGAAUUCAUCGACACUCUGCAAAUGAAUUGCAACGUAACGGAAAUUUGUUUCAACGGCGACGGUUCAAUAUUAUAUUCUCACGGGGUCGAAGGUGAAAUUUACGUUUGGAACAUGAAAACGAGAUCAUGCGUAAAUAAAUUCAUAGACGACGGUUGCAUAAUAGGUACGAGCCUGGCAGUUUCCAGCAACAAUCAAUUUUUAGCAACGGGUUCGAAUUCUGGAGUCGUCAAUAUUUACAAUUCGGAUUCUGUUAAUAAUAGUCGAGCGGUCAAACCCAUCAAAUCAAUUUUCAAUCUUACCACAUCCAUCAGUUCUUUACUGUUUAAUUCAACGGGUGAAAUUUUAAGCAUGGCUUCCAAUUGCAAAGAAACCGGAGUGAAACUUUUAAACACAUCUUCCAUGACGGUUUUCUCGAAUUUUCCACUCGUACAAUCCGAAGUGAAGAAACCGAUGUCUUUGGAUUUUUCGAAAAACAGCGGAUUUUUCGCUGUUGGUGAUAAUAAUAAAACAGUUCAUCUUUACAGGCUAAAACAUUACGAUAGUUAUUAG